GCGGCGGGCGCUGCUCGGAGCCGGGCGGGCGGGCGGCAUGAAGCGCUCUCUGCUGCGGCUCUGCCGCUCCCGGGAGAAGGCGGCCGCCUCCAGCGCCUACCAGGGCGUCGUGUGCGAGGCGGAUGCCGCCUCCGUCGCCUCGCAGGAUGUCUUCAAGGUUAUUUCAGAUGGAAGUGCCUGUAGGCUACGGAGCUUCAUUAAGAAGAAUCGUUCUGGGCUUACAAAAGUGGAUGAAUUAAAUGCCACCCCGCUGCAUCACGCUGCGGAAGGAGGACAAAUAGAACUCAUGCAGUUGAUCAUAGAUGAUUCUUCCUAUGAAGUAUUAAAUGUGAUGGAUUCUUCUGGAAAUACCCCACUGCAUUGGGCCACAAAGAAAAACCAGGUUGAAAGCGUUCGCUUGCUUCUCAGCAGAGGAGCCAAUCCAAACAUUCUCAACUCCAAUAUGAUGGCACCUUUGCAUAUGGCUGUUCAGUCCCUGCACAAUGAAAUUGUGAAGGUUUUAGUCCAACAUAGCAGUACAGAUGUUAACUUGGAAGGUGAAGCAGGGAACACACCUAUAAUUGUAGCAUGUUACAAGGACAAUCCUGAAGCACUGACACUCCUGAAUGAAAAAUGCACAGCACUUCAUUUUGCUGCCACUCAAGGAGCGACGGAGAUUGUAAAGCUAAUGAUGUCAUCCUAUGCUGGGGAGGAAUCCAUUAUUGAUGCUGUAGAUGGAAAUAAGGAAACAUUGCUUCACAGAACAGCACUGUUUGAUCAUUAUGAACUGGCGGAGUAUUUGAUUUCAAUGGGGGCUAAUAUUGAUAGUGUUGACAUAGAAGGUCGAUCCCCGCUUCUGCUGGCCACUUCCUGUGCAUCAUGGAAAAUUGUGAAUUUACUGCUUUCGAAAGGAGCAAAUGUGUCAUUAAAAGAUCAUCUUGGUCGGAAUUUCUUGCAUUUGACCGUGUUGCAGCCUGGAGGAUUACAGCAUCUGAAUGAGAAAUAUCUGCAGAUGGAACAUAUUAAAAAUCUUGUCGUGGAUGAAGAUAAUGAAGGAUGCACUCCAUUGCAUUAUGCAUGCAGACAAGGUGUGGCCCUCUCUGUAAAUAAUUUACUCAGCCUCAACGUUUCCAUCUACUCUAAGAGCAGGGACAAGAAGUCGCCGUUGCACUUUGCUGCCAGCUAUGGGCGCAUCAAUACUUGUCAACGACUUAUAAGAGACAUGAAAGACACAAGACUUUUGAAUGAAGGUGACAAGAAGGGAAUGACUCCCCUUCAUUUGGCAGCCCAGAAUGGUCAUGAGAAGGUGGUUCAGUUUCUUCUGAAGAGAGGGGCUCUCUUCCUCUGUGAUUAUAAAGGCUGGACAGCCCUGCACCAUGCUGCCUUCGGAGGAUACACUCGCACAAUGCAGAUAAUUUUGGAUACUAAUGUGAAGUGUACUGACAGAGUGGAUGAAGAAGGGAACACAGCUUUGCACUUGGCUGCACGAGAAGGACAUGCAAAAGCAGUGAGGUUACUUCUGGACUAUGGUGCAAAAAUUCUGUUCAACAAAGCAGUGGCUUCUUUUUUCCAUGAAGCAAUACACAACAGGAGAAAAGAUGUGGUGUCUGCUGUCAUUUUGCACAAAAGAUGGGAAGAAGCUGUUGUGACUUUCUCUCACUCUUCCAGUGCCAAUAAGUGUCCUUUGCUGGAAAUGGUUGAGUAUCUUCCUGAUUCAUUUAAACUGGUGUUGGACAACUGCAUAAUUGAGUCUUCAGAGGAAAAGACAAGUCGAGACUUCUAUAUUGAAUACAACUUCAGAUAUCUUCAGUGUCCCUUGACACUUAACAAGAAAGUAAAGGAUGGUGAAGAUAUUUUCUAUGAACCACUUACCACUUUAAAUGCCAUGGUGCGCCACAAUCGCAUGGAGCUACUCAGUCAUCCUGUGUGUAAAGAAUAUUUGCUUAUGAAAUGGAUGGCCUAUGGGUUUCGAGCACAUUUAAUGAAUUUAGGCAUAUAUUCUCUUGGUCUCAUCCCACUGACUCUUCUGGUCACUCACAUACAACCAGGAAGACCUUUGAAUGGAACAGAGCUCUAUGAAGCAAGACCAUUAGAAUAUGAGGACUCAUACUUCACAAGGGUGUGUAUGUGUUUAGUUUUAAUUAUGAGUUUACUGGGCAUCUGCAAAGAAAUAUUUCAGCUGAUUCAGCAGAAAUUGAAAUAUUUGUUGGAUUACUCCAAUCUACUGGACUGGACCAUUUAUACUACAAGCAUAAUUUUUGUGUCUUCUUUAUUUGUUAAUACACCAGCUCAUUUGCAGUGGGAAUGUGGAGCAAUUGCUGUGUACUUGUCUUGGAUGAACUUCUUGCUUUAUCUUCAACGAUUUGAGAACUAUGGAAUCUAUGUUGUGAUGUUCUGGGAAAUUUUGAGGACUUUGAUUCGGAUUGCUGUGGUUUUCUUUUUCCUGAUACUGGCCUUUGGGCUGAGUUUCUUUGUCCUUUUGGGUUCACAGCAAACAUACAGCACACCUCUGCUUUCAGUAAUGAAGACAUUUGCAAUGAUGCUGGGAGACAUUAAUUACCACGAUGCAUUCCUUGAUCCUUUACUGAGCAGUGAAUUGCCAUAUCCAUUCCUGAGUUACACAGUUCUCAUUAUAUUUACCUUGCUUAUUCCAAUCCUUCUUAUGAACUUGCUAAUUGGUUUGGCUGUUGGUGAUAUCGCUGAAGUACAAAAAUAUGCUGCACUCAAAAGGAUUGCAAUGCAGGUUAAUCUUCAUACCAACUUAGAGAAGAAGCUGCCCUUUUGGUUCUUAAGUCGGGUGGACCAGGAAUCAAUCACUGUAUAUCCCAACAGGCCAAGAUACUGUGGAUUUAUGAGCGUGUUCCAAUAUUGCUUUGGGUGUGAGGACUCUACCACAUAUGCGCAGAGCCCUGAUACAACACUAGAAUUGGAAGUUCUGAAGCAGAAAUACAGGCUCAAAGACAUAUCAACAUUGCUGGAAAAGCAACAUGACCUCAUUAAACUGAUUAUCCAAAAAAUGGAGAUAGUAUCAGAGGCUGAGGAUGAAGACAGCAAUGAUUUAUUUCAGCACAAAUUUAGGAAAAGGCAGUUAGAGCACAAGAAUAGUAAAUGGGAUACAGUGUUAAAAGCUGUUAAAACAAAUGUGCCUAACCCAAGCACAGAAAAGAACAAUAGCUUCUUCUAGACUUGGCUAUGAUAUCAUGUUGUAUUAUCAUUUUGUUCUACUUUAGGGUCACUUCUCUUAUUGUCUUUGCAUAAUGCUAAUGUGAUACAUCAUGUACUCAAAUAUAAAAAAAGGCCAGAUCCAAAACCAGGAUGCAGGUGCUCAAAACAGUAUUUAAAGAGACUGGAGAUGUCUACGUCCAAACUGUGAUCCUAAAAGUGACUGGCUAAUCAGGAAAGUGCCUAACUCAACAGAGGCCAGCCUUGCUGUCCUGGCUUCUGUCUAGAUCUGUUCCUGGGUUUGGCCCUAGUACAGUUAGGUCUGUAUGUAAUUACAUUAUUUUCUGUUACAAAUAUUUUUAGAAUUUCUAAAUUUUUAGAAAUUAGAUUCUAGUCAUUUAUUAUUCAGGUGUCUGGAGAGAGCCAAUGGUUUUUGUGUAGCUUAAAGAAAAAGUACAAAACUAAUCUGACAGAGUGCAUUGGAAAUUUUGCUGAGUAGGGACUGCAGGAUCAGACCUGAAAGGUAGGAGAUGAAGGAUCAUGAAGUUGUAAUGUAAAGGAAGAGCUACUUUCUUUUCUAGAUAAGUGGCAGCAGUUCACAGUGGGAUAAUUUUUACUAGCAUGCAUGUAGCAGUGAUAGAAUGACAUGUUUAAUAUUAGUCAUUUACAGCUUGCUGUCCUUAUACUGCUAAUGUGAUUUUGGCUUUCCUGAGAAGCUAAAACUGAUCUUGCCUACUUUAAUCUGCACUUUGGUUUUAUUAUUCAUUUCCUGAAUA